UCUACUGCUCUAGUUCCCGAGUGCGGCAAUGGCUAGCCCGAAUUCAAUCACUAGUGAGGUCUCUUCUAAAAUUCAACUGCCUAUUAAACAUUCAAUUCCUACUGAGGCUAAGGCAAGUCGAUCCCGCGAAUGGUUUGUGACUGAUGAUGCUUCCCCAUCUGUUUUUCAGAAGAUUGUUGCAGAAUUAGUGGGCACAUAUAUUCUUAUAUUUGUGGGCUGUGGAGUUGCUCUUACCGACGAAGUUCAAAGGCUAACAAUGGUUGGCAUAGCAAUUGCAUGGGGUGUAGUUCUGAUGGCAUUAAUAUACGCAGUUGGGCACGUCUCUGGGGCACAUUUUAAUCCUGCAGUUAGCAUUGCCUUCGCUGCUGGACGCAAAUUUCCCUGGAAACAUGUGCCUAUGUAUAUCUUGGCUCAGGUACUCGGGUCAACACUUGCUAGUCUCACUCUUAGAGUGCUGUUUAAUGACCUAGAUGAUAUUGAAGUAACAGUUACUCAGUACAAGGAUUCUACCUCUGAUCUUGAAGCUAUCAUUUGGGAAUUUAUAAUCACAUUUAUCUUGAUGUUUAAUAUUUUAGCUGUUGCCACAGAUUACAGAGCGAGCAAAGACCUUUCUGGAGUAGCAAUUGGUGGUACACUGCUGUUCAAUGCCUUGCUUGCAGGGCCAAUCACUGGAGCUUCAAUGAACCCUGCAAGAAGCUUAGGCCCUGCAAUUGUCUCAGGUGUUUACAAGAAUCUUUGGGUUUUUAUUGUGUCUCCUAUCUUUGGAGCACUGGCUGCAACUUAUGUUUACAAUAUGCUUCGAGUACCUGAGCCUGAAAAAUCAGAGGAGAAGACAAAAAACAUAUUCAAUCAUCUUUAUACGGCCACUGAUCCGUAGACAGAUAUGCUUCUACAGGUGGUGAUGAGUCCAUCAGGACUACGGAGAUCACCUUGCCUAUGCCUGAAAGCACAUAAACUGUUUCCAAUUGCAACAAGUUGGGAAAUGAGUUCAGGGCAUCAUUUAGUUUACACCUAGGAAUGAUAAUUUUAGAAGACAUGCACAGAGAGACAGUAUUCUGCAAGCAUACAUAAGAGGAAAGAUGAGAAAUAGAAGUAAAGAAAACACGUUUUAACAGUUACAUCUAUGUACGAUAGGUAGAUCUGUAAUAAAUAUUAAAAAAA